ACAAGGCUCGUGUGCGCUCGUUCUCACGCUCUAAGCUCUGCUUCGUUUCACACGUACCACUUGUCCUGCGCGCUCGAUGCGUGCGCCGACGCGUGCGAUCUCCGCGCCGGCGCGGCCGUGCACGCACAAGCCCUCCAACUCCACCAUUCCUUUUCAAUCUCGAACAAACUCCUCAAGCUCUACAGUGUUUGUGGCCAUUUCCAUCUCGCCUACAAACUGUUCGACAAAAUGCCUCAACGAGACAUAGUCUCAUUCAACACCAUGAUCACCGCCUCCGUCCGCGCGCGCCGUGCCACGCUCAUCUCCGUCGAUCUGUAUUCCCGAAUGCGAGCCGAGAAUGUGCAUCCCGACCACAUCACAAUCUCAGCGCUGCUCGGCGCUUCCAGUCAUGUCAAGUGCCCGCAUUUCAUCGAACAACUCCACGCUCACGCCAUUCACUUGGGUCUUUAGCUCCAAUGGCUUCGUCGGAAGCGCUUUGGUGAAUGGAUACGAGAGAUACCGAGGUCUGGAUGAAGCUUUCCGUGCAUUCCAGGACAUUGCUGAACUGGAUUUGGUCUCUUGGAAUGUUAUGAUCGAUGCGUGCGCACGGAGCAACAACAAACGCCGCGCAGUGGAUGUCUUCUCCCACGCGAGACGUUGUAGUGAGAGCUUGGAUAGCUUCAGCUUGACAAGUGUUCUCAAAUCUUGUUCUGAGCUUCAAGACUUAAGACUCGGCAUUCAGCUACAUUGCAUUGGUUUGAAACUUGGAUUGGAUUCAGAAACACCAUUUGGGAAUUCACUUGUGACAAUGUAUUCAAGAUGUGACGGUAAAAUGGAUUCCGCCGUUCAAGUUUUUCGACGAAUUCCAUCGCCGAACAUUGUCUCAUGGACCGCAAUUAUUUCGGGGCUGGCUCAAGAUUCAUUGGCACAAGAAGCCAUUAGAUACUACAAAAUGAUGUUGAGUGCAGGUGUCAUUGAGAAUGAGUUUUGCUUUGCAAGUGUACUCCCUGCAUACAGCAUUGUUGCAAGAUUGGAGCAGGGUAGACAAGCUCAUGCUAGAAUCAUUAAAUCGGUAUAUCAAUCCGAUACCGUGGUUGGAAAUGCACUCAUUGAUAUGUACUUCAAGUGUGGUUGUAUGGAAGAUGCUAAAUUGGCAUUUGAGACGAUGAAAAUCAUCGAUACGGUAUCAUGGACAGUGAUGAUACUUGGGUUUGGUCAGCAUGGUAAAGGUUUGGAAGCAAUUGAGAUUUUUCGAGCAAUGGAAUGCAAAGGAUUCAAGCCGGAUAAUGUCACAUUUCUUGCUGUUCUAUCUGCAUGUAGUCAUGGGGGUUUAAUACAAGAAGGACUAGAUAUUUUCCGUUCAAUGACCGAUGAUUACUGCUAUAACCCGAAACAGAGAGCAUUAUGCUUGCAUUAUCGAUAUGUUUGGUCGUGCUGGAGAAUUCAAAGAGGCGGAAAAGUUCAUUAAGGAGCAUGGGAUUGAAUCUGAUUCAUUGGCAUGGGAAGCACUUCUUGGUGCUUGUGGAAUGCAUGGGGAGAAAGAACUUGGUGAAAAAUCAGCAAAAGAAGUUAUGAAGUUAGAACCAGAGAAAGAUGGACCAUAUGUUUUGUUAUCAAAUUUGUAUGCAGAGAAGAGAAUGUGGGAAGAGAAGGAUAUAUUGAGGCAAAGAUUGGAUAUCUCUGGGCUAAAGAAGGCAACUGCAAGUAGCUGGUUUUCAUGCAUGAAAGAUGAUUCCUGAAUUCCAUUAUUUUGGGAAACUUAUAAUUUUUGGCUAUUUGGUUAAAUGUGUAUGA